AUGGCCAUACAGACCCUUACUUUUGGAAAAUAUAUCCCUUUUGGCAUAGGGGCAGACUUUGUCACGCUGGUAGCUCCUGAACUCUCCAGUGCCACUCCCAUACCUACCUUUUUCCGGAGUGAAGCUCACAGGUGCCCUCUCCAAGAUAUCGCGAGUCUGAGCCAAAAGAAACUCCUCAAGUCGCAACAAGGAGAAGAUCAACACUUGCUUUCCUUUUUCAACGGUCUCUGUGGAGGUACCUAUCUAGAAAUGGGCGCUUUGGACGGUAGGCUGUACAGUAAUUCAUUUGCUUUCCACAAAGCUUUGGAUUGGAAGGGUCUACUUGUGGAGCUGACUCCAGAAAGCUAUCUACGCUUGGUGGAGAAUCGGCCCAGCGAACUAGCCGUCGUUAACGCGGCGGUAUGCGAUCAACCAAAGAAGAUACACUACUAUUCGAAGCAAAGGCAGCCAGCCGUUUCAGGAGUAUGGGAAUUCGCUCCUACCGAGUUCCGGGAAUUAUGGUGGCCGGGUAUCACGCUCGCUGAUACUCAAGAGAUCGAUUGUAGACCCCUGAGGGAAAUCAUUGCAACAAACGUUGGAGAACCAGCCUUUUUCGACUUUUUUAGUUUCGACAUCGAGGGCUCGGAAUUCAUGGCGUUGCAAGGGCUAGAUUUUUCCAAAGUGGGUUUCGGAAUUAUAUUCAUUGAGCGCCAGCCAAAUAAUCCAAUGAAAAACCUGGCAAUUCGUACUAUUAUGGAGAGAAAUGGAUACAUUUAUUUAACAAAUUUUGAGGAAAACCGCUAUUUCUGCCUCUACGACUUGGAGAAAUCGCUAUUUCGGUCAGAUCUGAAAAUUGGUAUCGUGCUGGCAGGGAUGAGCUGCUUCCAACCCAUGACCUACCCUUUCAAUCUAUUUCACCCAACGUCGCCGAGCACCUUAUCCUUACCCUACAUAUCGACACAAGCGUUCGUCAAUGGAUUCUACCGACACGGACCGGGAAACCUUCCUCCGCGGACAGCGCCCUACGGGAACCUCGGGAAGUGUGGACGCCCCGCGUACCCGCGCUCCCGUCCUGUGACCUCUGGUCCGAAUCUCCCCAAUCUACCCAACCCCAAGCGUGUUUUUUUUCGCGACGCUCGCGUUUACGCCCUCGUAGGGCACAUCCAAACCACCGACGUGGUUGACGAAUUGUGUCAAUUGGUCGUUGUUGACGGUGAUGUUGCCGCCGAAGGUGAAAUCAUCACUUCUCGCGUCCAAACAGUGCCUCACCAAGUAUCAGCCCUGGUCGAUAUGCAACUCCAUCCCGGGCACUAUGCUCUCUCCUGCCGGUACCGCUCUAAACAAUAUGCCGAUGCUGGUAGUGGAGGCGGUACCAGUGUCGGUAGAAAUAACGGUAUCGGUGACUCGCACGACGACACCUCCCUCUGGAUCCACUACCCACCGUCCCACAGCACCAUGGUGAGCUCCCAACCGACCGUAACUGCAGCCUCUAGAGCCGGCCACGACGCUCUGUUGGAUGCUCUGGCACUACGGGAGCGUACUCGGAUUCUCAAUUUGUACUACACUGAACUCGACAAGGAGUCGCAGAUGGAAGCUCACGAAGAACGCUGGCGACAAUUCCUGUUGAUUGUGUGGGAAGAAGAACGUAUGAUGCGCUUGCCGGUAGCGAUGGGUCAAGUUAGUUGCAGUACUGACCUUGAUAUCUUGGUACGCUCAACGGCAAUUUCCGUACUUGCGCAGUAUGGCGACGGCCCACCGCUGGGUACCACCACGACUCCACUACUCUUGGAUCAAAUUGCGUCUAAACUCGUCACCGCCUUGGAAUGGACGAAGUUUCCGAGGCACGCUUGUCCAGACUGUUUAUGGGACGUCGUGAUGCCCUACGAGUCCACUUUAUUGAUCAAAGGCCUAAAGAAUGCCACGGAAACAGAUCUUAUUCUGUUUUUGCUACGGCCACCGCUUAGCGACCUGCUGUAUCAAUUCGAUUUGUCGGCUAACGCUAGGCAGAUGUUUGGUCUUGUCCCAAAUUAUGACAACACGACCAAAUUAUAUGUCGGCUGCCUAAUUGAUUUAUUUUCAGGCUGUGGCGACAAUGUUUGUCAGCACUCAGCAUAUCGCCCUGUCAACUACAGUCUACCAUCACCUUCUACGGAUAGUCCUUCCUUGUUGUCUCCACUGACGAAACGACCAAGCUUCGCUAUUGUCCGUUUUAUCGUGUCAGGGGAACAUGGUGCGUAUCCAUCACUAUCAAACAGUUUUAGUACGCAAACUUCUCCCGGGUCGCAGCGAGACCGACAAGUACUUCAAUACCAUCCGCCACAUCAUAGUGAUGCAAGGGGGUGUCACUUUCCAUUGCCUGAGGUGACGGGUGGUUAAGAGUUCCUCUUCUUCCUGCAACCAAUCUGACUCUUGCAU